CUGUAUAAAAACUCAUAUUUUAGUGACAUCUUGAAUAGUUGUCUUCUACCCUUCUUCAUACACGAAACAUAGUGAAUAUCAAAUAUAAUUUGAAUAUGAAUCAAAUCAUAGUAAUUUGUUCUUGCUUGCUUAUUGUAAGCAUGGUAACUGGAGCUCCUUCGGGAGUGGAUGAUCAUUCUGCAGCAGUUGAACCAUUUCAAGUUCAAGAUUGUAGCCUGCAAGUUGAAGAUGGAUCAGUAUCUACGUGUUUUGCGGCAUUUCCUCGUUACAAAUGGAGCGUUUCCGAUAAUGACUGCGUUAACGCAAUCUAUGGUGGAUGCCACGCAACGAAGAACAACUUCCAGACUAAAGAAGAAUGUCUGAAGGUGGCCAAACCAGUUUGUGCGACAAAAUGAACUUUUCAAUGAAAUAUCAAAUUUAAAUUGAAAAAAUUUUCAAUAAACAUUAUAAAACAAC